CUGAAUCACCCUGUCAGUGACUGGUCAAAAGAUGGGGAAACGAAUGGGCUGGGCUGGGCUGGGCUGAUGGCAAAGAUAUAUCAAGUAUCAAGGAGGUCAUAUUGACGAGUCCGGGGAGGGAGACAUGGGCUGGGAAUGUGACAUACAUCUUUAUGCGUCCGAGUAUGUAGGAAGAGAGGCUCUUGGCUUGUUGUUGGAGUAGCACUGCUGCUGGAAGUGAUUCGAAGUGAGGGUAGGGUGGGAGCUCCAGAGGUUCUUAUGAAGAAUUGUCGGGUGCGCAACGACAACCUAGCCCCGUGUAAUACAAUAGCAGAGACUUAUGGUGCUAGUUUCAAAGCGGCGCCGAGAGAAGGCAUGGAGCAACUAUCCAGGUAUUGGGGGGGGGGGGGGGGGGAUGGUGCUUGUUCUGCCAAUCGUUUUGCUGUGAUUUGCGUUCGGAGGUACCUGCUUUUCCUCCCCACGCCAACAGGAUAUACCCAUGAGACCCUGGCGAGAGAUGUACGUACUAUAGAUAACGCCUUCACAUACAUACAAGCACAAAGUUAUCCCGACUUUGGCUUCUCGACUCGGUCCCGAGAGCCAGGCCCUGGCCCAUGCCAAUUUCCCGUCAUCCUUGCUGGCUGGAACUCGGGUUGGGGGAGUGCGGACAACGAGGUUCGAUUCCCUCUUCCUUUUCCUCUCUGGCAGAUGCAGUCAUGCUGGGGACCACCCCCGGAGCACAUGUAACAGAUGCAUGAGGUGUACCUAGGACGGCCCGGCUGCAAGAUGUGCCGGAUCGUCUAGCAAGUAGCUGCUGUUGUUGGCUUCGCCUCGAAGACACUCUAGGGCAA